ACGAAAACGUUCUCGAAUGCACCCAAACAAGGCGUCGAAAAUGGCGUGUGGGGUGAAGAGAAGAUCUGGAGAAUACUCCAGACUGUUGUUAUUAUUUACGGUGGCGGAUCCGCAGUAGACCAUAGUGAAAUUGAAAAAAACGCGUUUAAAAUGAUACCAUAGAGACUAAUACUAGUGUUGAAAAUGCUAAAUAUUCAACACGGUGAUUUUUGGAACAUGAGAAAUGUUGAAACCAGACCACCAGUGUUGCAUUUUGCUUUUCUUUCCAUGAGGAAAAUAUGUUACACUAUUUAAUUAAAGUUUAAUAAAAACAUAUGGUUGCUUAAUACAGGCUUGCAAUUAUGAAUGCACUGUAGUAAUAGAUGUGGAUAUAAUGAGACUGUUAAAAUCAAGUCAACACGAACUUCUCUCCAGCAGGUGGCGGUAUUCUCCUUCAAUUACAGUUUCCCAGUAAACCAAGAAUCUAGUUUUUUUUAAUUGACAGCAGUUUUCUUUUGUUUGUUUUUUUAGGGGGUUGGGAGGGUACAAAACGACGCGAAGUUGCACCAAACUCGUUAAAUAUGAGCUUACUAGCUCAACUGGAUAGUUAAUACAUUAAAAAGUGACCGCCUCUUAAUUUUUAUAAAUACUUUGAGUCAGCAGGGGGCGGUGUUGCACUUCGCCGGUGCCACAAAACACCAGAGGAAGAGCGUAGCCUUUCAGGGCCAACAUGGCGGCCUGCAUUAUUCGCCGCUUAUGUUCACUUUGCGGUAGUGGGGUCGUAAAUGGGAGACCUCCGCUCGGCAACCUCGGCUGUAUUAGCUUCAAAUUAACCAGCAGCACUUUGUCAAAGCUUUAUUAUGGGACUGGAGGGCCUGACUCUUCAGAGGACUCGCACGUGCACAUUCCAGUAGAGCGUCUGACUGUGUCCUAUAGCAAGAGCAGCGGCCCUGGAGGUCAACACGUUAACAAAGUGAGCACUAAAGCAGAGGUCCGAUUUCACGUGCAGACAGCCGACUGGAUCCCCAAAGACGUUCGACAGAAAAUCAUAGAAAAGAACAAAAACCGCGUCAAUAAGGCCGGGGAGCUCCUGGUGACCUCGGAGGUGAGCAGGAGUCAGCAGAGAAACCUCUCCGACUGUCUGCAGAAGAUCUCCACCAUCGUAGCCGAGGCCAGCGAGAGACCUCGCGAACCAUCAGACGAAGACGUAGCUCUAAGAGCAGCCAGGAUCAGGAAGAGGAACAAAGAGCAACUCAGACAGAAGAAAAUCCUUUCAUCGGUCAAGAACAGCCGACGAGUGGAUUUCGACUGACGGUGCAAUAUUGAGCGAUCGUG